GGAACAGUCCUCUCUAAUGAGCAGAUUUUCUGAGAGCGAGAGACAUCCAUAGAGAGAGAGAGAGAGAGAGAGAUCCAGAGAUCCAACCAUAGGAGGAGACUGUAAGACCAAGACAGCAGCAGGCUGUGCGUCAGCCGGCGCUCCACUGGGAAACAUGGAGCCGAGCUGGAGAUGCUGAGGAGGACGGAGAAGCCACCGCAACAGGAUCAUAUGGAUGGAUGUUGUUUCAUCAAGCAGGCAACCUGAAGGCAACCCACGCAGAGGAUAAACCACUUAUGGACGCAGUGGAUUAAAAACCUACAGACAGACAGAGAGAGGGAGAGAGAGAAAGAGGGGGGGAUAGAGGAGGAGAAAUUAAUCAAUUCACUUGUUUAUUUUCAUUGUGUGUGCGCACUUUCUGUCAGAGUGUGUAUGUGUGCGGCUGCAUUUAGUGUAUGUGUGUAGACUGCAUUGCUGCUCUCCGGCUCCACAGGACAGACACAAAAAAAGAAGAAGAAGGCAGCCAAGCAGAUUAUACCUUCAUGUGAUUCUUCCCAUUCUCCCUCUCUCUAUGCAUGAAUGUGUGAAGUCCGGUGUGAGUGUGUGAGGCGGUGAAGACGCCGAAGCCUCAAGCCAGACUUUAAACGUGUUUUAGUGUCUGAUCAACAAUUCCCGAGGUGUCUUUUUUCUCGACCUGGGUGGCGUCUAAUGCUGGAGGCUCGGAGGUUCGAACCGCCGGGGGAACUUCUCGGCUCUGCACCCCAGAGAGGUGGAGGCAUCAUCAGGUAGGAGGCGGCAGAAGAAGGAGUGGGCCUCGAGCAGGAAAGAGGAGUAGGAAGAAGUGUCGUAGACUGUGUAGGCCGGCCGGUGGAGCUGGUUUGAACUCCUGCUCGGAAGGGGGAUAAUGGCAGCUCCGGGCCGACUCACCUCCUCUUUUACCUGCAUGUGCCACAGAGGAGCCAGGAGCUGCUAGCCGAAGCUACACCAAGAGGAUGGUGUGAGGCGCCGACUUCCCCACCAGACCCCUGACGCCGCCGUGAGGGGUUUCCAUCCAUCACCUUGUUUCCUUCUUCCUCGCCUCCAAGCCGAACAAGAUUGAGGCAUUUUCCUGAUUUGCGUGGGAGUCCUCUCCCCUUCCCUCCCACUCUCUCUCCUCCUCCUCCUCCUCCUCCUCACCCCCAACCUCCAGGUCCAUGGAUUGGUUCUAGCACCAACCUGUCCUUCUUCUUCUUUUUCCUCCUUUCUUUUUCUUUUCUUUUUCUUUUUGUUGAGGCUUCAGGGGAAUUGCCAAGACCUGUUUCAUGCAUGUCCACUGGCGGCAGGUUCAACUUUGACGAUGGGGGGUCAUACUGCGGAGGGUGGGAGGAGGGCAAGGCGCACGGCCACGGGAUCUGCACUGGACCCAAGGGCCAGGGCGAGUACUGCGGUUCCUGGGCCCACGGCUUCGAGCUGCUGGGCGUCUACACCUGGCCCAGCGGCAACACCUACCAGGGCACCUGGGCUCAGGGCAAGAGACACGGCGUGGGCGUUGAGAAUAAAGGCCGUUGGGUGUACAAGGGCGAGUGGACGCACGGCUUUAAAGGACGCUAUGGCGUUCGGGAAAGCACCGGGACGAGCGGAAAGUACGAGGGAACGUGGAACAACGGGCUUCAGGACGGAUACGGAACGGAGACGUACUCGGAUGGAGGAACGUUCCAGGGCCAGUGGGUUGGCGGGAUGCGACACGGCUACGGCGUCCGUCAGAGCGUCCCGUAUGGCAUGGCGGCCGUCAUCCGCUCGCCGCUCCGGACCUCCAUAAACUCUCUCCGCUCCGGUUCAGAACACAGUAAUGGCACGGCUCUGCUGGACCGGACCGGCGCCGUGGUUCCCGGACCUCCUCCGGUUCCCGGCACUCUGUCCACCAGCGUCUCCAUGUGCAGCACCGGCAGCAGCGGCAGCAGCCCGGCGGUGUCUCGGGGAGGCUUCGUCCUGACGGCGCACAGCGAGGCCGAACUGCUGAAGGGGAAGAGGAAGGGCGGCUUGUUCCGGAGGUCCAUCCUGUCCGGGCUCAAGCUGAGGAAGUCCGAGUCCAGGAGCUCUCUGGCCUCCCAGAGGUCCAAACAGAGCUCGUUCAGGAGCGAAGCCGGGAUGAGCACCGUGUCGUCUGCAGCCUCCGAUAUCAACUCGACCAUCAGCCUUGGAGAUGCAGACGCAGAGUUGGCCGUCGCCGACGACGACGUGGACGCCACAGCAACGGAGACGUACUGCGGCGAGUGGAAGAACGACAAACGGACCGGGUUUGGUGUGAGCCGGCGGUCCGACGGGCUGCAGUACGAGGGCGAGUGGCUGAGCAACAAGCGCCACGGCUACGGCUGCACAACGUUCCCCGACGGAACCAAAGAGGAAGGAAAGUACAAGCAGAACAUCCUGGUCAGCGGCAAGAGGAAGAACCUGAUCCCGCUCCGGGCCAGUAAGAUCCGGGAGAAGGUGGACCGAGCCGUGGAGGGAGCGCAGAAGGCGGCGGACAUCGCCAGGCAGAAGGCCGAGAUCGCUCUGUCCAGGACGGCUCAUGCACAGGGUAAAGCUGAGGCAGCGGUGGGAGCAGCUCAGAAAGCCCAAGAGGAGAGUCGUAUGGCCAGGGUCACAGCCAAGCAGUUCUCCCCUUCAUUCCAGCACCCAGGAAACGGUAUGGAGGUGCAGCGUCCCAAACGUCAGGUGUCCAGUGAGGUGGAGGGCGAAGGUUUGUCGAGCAGUGCCGGUACCGCCGACAGUCCGGACCUCUACGUGAAGAGCGCCGCCUCCGACGACCCCUCCAUCGACGCUGCCACCCCCGACCUCAGCCCGCCUUCCUCCUCACCGCCCCACACCCCGCCUCCCCCUGCCCGGCCGACCCAACGCACCAAGAGCGCCCGAUUCCACCGGCAGAGCGCCGUGGACCACGGCGACCGGGGUAAGGACGGGGGAGAAAGGGGUGAGAAAGGCGGGGGAGGAGGGCAGACGGAGAUCCAGGUGUUGAUGGAGGGAGGCAGCGGGGGAGGCGAGGGCGUCGGGAAGGGGGAGUAUCCGAGGGCCAACAGCUGGAGCGAGGACAAGAGGAGGGGGGUGUUGUCUAAAGGAGGAGGCGGGGUCAGUGGACGGGGAGCGAGCCGGACCAACGGACACAAACACAGCUCCUCCAAUCACAAGUCGCGGGAGCACGGCUCAUCCAAUCACAGACAGGCCAGGGGGGACAGGUGGACGGAGUCGUCCUCGUCCGCUUCGUGGACGUCCGGUCACAGGGGCGUGCACGGCCGGGGGGGCCGUCUGCUGGAGCAGGACGAGGAGAAAAUCAGCAACUACGAGAUGGAGAUGAAGCCUUUACAGCCCAGAGACUCCACUACCCACAAGCCCCAUGGGCACGGGGAGGAGCGUCACGGGCACGCUCAUGGAGAGGGGCGCUCACACACAGUGCAGCGACAGCGGCACAAGAACCGGGACGGGAGGGAAGCGAAGGAGGGGCGGGAGGCGGGGAAGGAGUCGGGGCACAAGCUGGACAGACCGGGGGAGAAGAUGGAUUCACGGCCUCUACGGCGAGACCUCACCCUCUCCCCCCCUCUGAAGUCCUCCCCCAUCACUCCGGAGCAGCAGGAGCUCACACCAAGCAAAGGCAACUCGGCCUACAGCUCCAUCCUGGUUGUCAUGGUGAUUCUGCUCAACAUUGGAGUGGCUAUUUUGUUUAUCCACUUUUUUAUUUAAAGACAGCACUGCUUUCAGAGUACCUAUGCUACAACAACUAUAAAUUCAUAUGAGUAUUACACCUGCUGCCCCCUUCGUGUUCCCGGCGGGAGGACUCGGACCGGGGAGGGAACCGCCGCCGUCUUUCCCGGCCGACCCAGCUCGGUCGGUGGAUGAAAUAAAGGGGGUGAACGGGUCCACGUAUCUGGACUGCAGGGAGAUGAAGCAGUCCAGAACCUGGACGUCAGCGGCUCACAUGCAGACUCCAGUGGGCUGAUCCUCAAGUCCACGAGGAGAAAGGACUGACGAGACAGAACUUUUUCAUCCUCAGAUCAUAGUUUUCAACAGAUUUGUAACUUAUAAUUUAUUUAUUAACAUUUUUCUCUCAUGUACAAUUGAUGGCUAUUUUCUUUUGUAACCUUCCACCCCUCUUUAUAAAAUCUCCUGCCUUUUUGGUUCCCCUCCGCCUGGCGCUGGGUGUCGUUACCGACGGUGGCGUUGGCCGAUGCACACAUGUUCGACGCUCCGGUUGUGUGUUUGAAUUGAUGUUUUUUUUCUUCCUCAUCUUUCUGUGUGUGGAUGUGUCUCCAAGUAGCUCAGUGGCCUUUCACGCUGUUCAUGAACUUUACCAGAACAUCUCACAAGGACACACAUCCAGCAUCCUACUAGCAUCAGCUGUGCUCUCCCUCCCACUCUCCGUCCACCUCCACACUCAGAGGACGGAGCUUCCUCUGAGUUGGUGGUUGUUAAAGGCAGAUCGUCCUUGGCAAAGUCCUGCGCCUACAACUGUACCAGGUAUUUAGAGGAGCUGCUGCCUCCAUCGCAGAUAUGUCUUUAAAGGUCUCCGGCUGCUUCCCUCAGAACUUAACCCCAAGACCGUGACAACAUCUUUUAUACUAUACAUGCAAGAUGUCAGAAAAAAAACAAGCAAAAAGUACAACUAGUCGCCACCUGCCUUGCUUUUGUAGCGGAAAACUGAAAAAACAAUGCAUGCAUGUGUGCUGUAAUAUCUUAGUUGUGUGUCGAGUCUGAAAGCAGAAGAAGCGUCAGAAGCACAUGUUAGGUUUUGACCAGGGAAGCGUCUGGAGACCAGCCGGUUCGGUAUUGAUUUUUCAGGGAUAAAUGACACCAAUUAAAGUCCCUGUGUGGAGAUAGAUGAUGCAAGGUCUGUUGCAGAGUAGCAGCAAGCAGUGGCCAGAGCUGCCUCCAUUCCUUAAAGGUCCCAUAUUGUGCCCCCGUUUUUAGCAAAUUAAUGAAAAUCUUACAUUUACACAAUAUUUCUUUCAGUUUUUCAGCACAAAACACCACAAAGAGGGUUCAUUUCACCAUGACUGUAUAACUCCUGGUUUUAGUUCUGUUUCAAAUGGGGUGUUUCAGUGGCUUUAACUUUAAAUACAGCUAAACUGUCGCUGUCUCUGCCCCCUUCAGGAAGAAGACUCUCUCUGCAUGAUUAACAGCUUGCAGCAAAAACCUAUAUUGUGCCCCUCUUCUUUUUUUAUUAACUAUAUUAAUGAAAAUCUUACAUUUUCACAAUAUUUCUUUGAAUUUUUCAGCACAAAAUACCACAAGUAGGUUAACUUCAUUAUGACUAUAAAACUCCUGGUUUUAGUCCUCUUUUAAAAAGACUAUUUCAGUGGCUUUAGCUUUAAAUACAGCUGAGUUGCUGUUGUCCACGUCCCCUUCAGGAAGAAAACUCUGUGAUUAAUGGCUUGCAGCAAACACCUGUAUAGCUUCCCCUCCCCUCCUUUUUGCAAAUUAAAUAAAAUGUCAUGUUAACAGCUUGCAGCAAAAGCCCAUAUUAUAACCUUUUUUUUUAGCAAAUCAAUGAAAAUCUCACGUCACUGAAGGUUUCUUUCGAUUCUUUAGCACAAAAUACUAAAAAAAUGACUAAUUUCACUAUGCUAGUACAACUCCUGGUUUUAGUCUUGUUCUGAAAAGGCCAUUUCAGUGGCUUUAGCUUUAAAUAUAACUGAACUGUUGCUGCAGUCCCCGCCCCCUUCAGGAAGAAGACUCAUAUUGUGCCCCUUUUUCACAAUGCAUCCAGAAUGCAUCUUUCAGUUUUUCAACACAAAAUACCACAAAAAUAUUUAAUUUCACCGUGACUGUGUAGCUCCUGGUUUUAGCCCUCUUCUAAAAAGGCUGUUUCAGUGGCUUUAGCUGUAAAUACAGCUGAGUUGCUGCAGUCCCUACCCCCUUCAGGAAGAAGACUCUUCUUUAGUUUUUUUUAGUACAAAAUAUUUCAAAGCAGAUUUAUUUCACCAUAAGUCUGUAACUUCUGGUUUUAGUAGUUUUAUAAAUGGGCAGUUUCAGUUUCUGCAACUUUAAAUAUACCUGAACUCUUGCAGUCUCCUCCCCCUUCAGGAACGAGACUGUGUUUGUGGCUAACAGCUAGCAGCAAAAACAGUUAACAUGGCAGCUGACUGCAAGACGAUCACCUCUAACUUUCUUUUUAAGAGAUCAUUUUACAUGCAAAUAUCGCAAAAUUCACUGACAGACCUUGAUUUUAACUCUGAUUGGUUUCUUUCAUAUUUUUAAACAUAGUUUAUUGCAAGUACUAACUUUUUACAUUAUUACACAUAGACAUAUUUUUAUGACCUUUAGAAGAUGCUGUAAUUAGUUUAUCACUAUGUUAAAAUUCAAACAAAACUAUCAGUGUUGAAGGCCUGUGGUGCAGACUUUGCAAAGACAGCAACAGGUGGACUAAUAAUUACUUCCAAAGCUGUACCUAGCUAGCUAGCUAGCUAAUUAAAAAUAAUAGUAAUAAACACCCAGAGGCAUGAGUGAGAUAACUGUACAAAUAUUUUUAAGUUACAUAAAUAACUCCUAAAUUUAUGAAUUAGCUUUUUCUUUUUCUUUAUUAAGAAUUGAGUUGUAUUAAAAUGCAGCAAAUGUGAGCCCAGAGAGCAGGAGAGAAGCAAACGUGUAAACACCGGCUAAGUUUCGGCUGAAGCACAACAGACGACAUAAAAACACAAAUAACGUGCCCAGUCUUUGUUUUAUGGCUUCAAAUAAGUUUCUACUCAGCUUUACAGUUUCAACAGAGGUUAGACCUGUGAGCUAACAAAUAAAGCUAAUGCUAAUAGUAGCCAAAUCAGCUGCACACAUGCUAACACUAAGGAUUUUUACUCUUGUUGUGGUGACAUUGUCAUCAAAUGAAAGUAAGCCACUGGAACUUCAGUUUAGUAGGUGUUGGGCUCUUGUGUUCACUCAUGCAGCCAACAGGAGCAGUAAGGGGAAGGAUUAGGCUAUACAUUUUUUUUUAAUUUUAUGAUGAUUUGCUCCUCAGUUUUUAUGUAGAAACUAGCUGGAAUUCUUACUUGGGGAAGUCAUGUUGCUGAGGGGUGCUAGAGGAAUAGCAUUGGCAAGCGUCUUUAUAAUCUUAGAGCGUUUUUUUUUUUUUUUUACCUCUACAUAUGAAAUGGGGUUUUCCACCAUAUGGGACCUUUAAGUAUUCCUUCAAGACUGAAGUACAGUUGCAGGUACCCGUCUGUUUUUAAAAACACGCAUCCAUCCCUCAAACCCAUCUGGCAGCUUCUGUUUGUUUGCAUGUGUGAAUGCUCAUCAGGGUGUAUGAACGUGUGUGCAUCCUCCUCCAUCCACGUGAUGGGAUGGCGGGAUGGCUGAGCCCGUUGCCAUCAGUAACCACUUCCAGGGUGGUGGUGUUGGUGGUGUUGGUGGGGCUGGACAGGGAGGUUUGCUGUUGUUUUUAUUCUGUCGGACAGCGUUUCUCAAACUACAGAUUGGACCUCAAACUCGGCUGUAGUCUCAUUUCUGGUGUUUUUUUCCCCCUCCAGCAUUACAACAAACAGCUCAGUCUAAUGUGCCUGCACCCCAAGAGGCAGAACAAUAGAUUUUUUUUUAUUUUAUUUCGAGUCCCAGACAGGUUUAAGAGGCUCUGCUGUUCGCCAUCAGCCUGGUGACGAAGCCCUGCGCCACCCGUUAGUCUGCAGCAUGCUACAGCAUGCCAAGCUCUCUAUAGUUUGACUCUCCUCUUUCUCUUUCUUUCUUUCUUUCUUUCUUUCUUUCUUUCUUUCUUUCGUUUUUAUGGGAAUUACUCUGUUUUUGUUUUUCAGUUGUGUGGAGAAAAUAAUGAAAGUGUUUGAAAGAAAACCCGA